CAAACACUUGGCAAUAAUUCAAAAGCCGAUCUGAAUCUGAACUGCUCCGUGGUGUCCAAAACCAGUAGCAUUACGGAACCAGCGAAUACUGAAGCUGCGGAAGCAUCGCCGCCACCUCCACCACCACCCCUAACAGUAGCAGCUGGGACUGUGGAUGCAGAUGGCGAAGCUGGUGGUACUAUUGCUGAAGAUAACAAGGCACCGCUGCCGGCGAAGGCACCGGAAGAUACGGAUUACAAGAGUUCCGACAAUAAGUGGCAUGUUUGCUGCCCAAGCUGUAACUUGGGUCCUUUCAAGCACACUCGUGGCCAGCGCGCGAAGCAGGCCGGAAUCCAGAAAAAAGCGCCGAAGAAGACUAUGGUCUCGGAAUACAAGCUGCCGGAGUCUGUGGCCCUGAUGGUGGAGAAAUAUGAGAAAUCGUGCAUGGAGAACGAGCAGGAUGAUUCCAGCUGUUAG